AUGACGGCAAAGACGAGACCCAAGAAGGAGACAAGAGACCUCCUGCGGCAUAUGUGCGAGUACUGCGGCUACAGGACGCGCAUUCGCGGCAAUCUGAUGGUCCACAAGCGGCGACACACCGGCGAAAAGCCCUUCAGCUGUGACACGUGCCAGGCAAAAUUUGCAGCCCGCUAUCAACUGAACACGCACCGGGAGCUGCAUCUGGACGUGAAACAGCGACGCAGUCGUCACAUGUGCAAGGAUUGUAAUGUUGGCUUUCUGAGUGCGCGCGCUCUCUACCAUCACCGGCCACUCCAUGGGCAGGGGAAGCGGUUCAAGUGCUCACAAUGCGACAAAUCCUAUGCCCAGGCGGCGGGCUACGCACAGCACAAGCGGUGGCAUCGUCAGCGUAAUCAGCGUGCAACGGCCGAGAGCUCCAUGGAGAUAAAGAUGGAUACGGGAAGUCAGAAAGUUAACGAAAACUGACUGGGCGCCCACAUGCUGCAUCAGCAAAUUGUUAAUUACCUAUAAUGCUUUCCUUUACGAAUAAAUUUUGCUAGUAAAACCGAA